GGAGAGCUCCUGCGCACCCAGCGCGGAAACCAAGCGGGGGUGGGGUGGAUCUGCCCCCCCAAUCUGAGCGUGAAGCAAGCGGGAGCCCUCUGAAAUGGCAGCCCCCUGCCGGCCGUGCGGGGAGGGCCGGGGUCUGUGUCACCUGCGCAGGAUUGGAACCCGAGCUCCGGUGCCCGGUAUUGCUGAUGUGAUCCAUUUUUGUAAGACCGUAACGCUGCUCGGCAGGAAGCGAGAGGUCGUGGACUACUUCCUCAGUUACGCCGCCUUAAGGGAGGGCGAGUACAUAUCCCGCAUCCACGCCCGCGUGAUUUGGACCACCAGCACCUAUGAGCUUGUGGAUUCCAGCCUGACGGGAGUGUAUGUCAAUGACAUCCGGAUCAGUGGUAAAGUAGCCUUGCAGGAAGGAGAUACUGUUACUUUCGGCAAUCCGGCUGGGAGCAGCAUUGUCCCCGGAGCCCACGUCCGACAGCCAAACUCUCCCUUUUACUUUCUGUUUGAGCAUUGCCAUUGCCACGUUGAUCAAAUGCAAAGCCCUUGUGGAGAGACAAAUUUGCCCCCAGAGUUACUUGCACCUGCAUCUGCUGAGACAUCACCGCCAGUCACCUCGAGUUUGGGACUUGUGAAUAACAUUGCUCCACCCCGGGCAGCUCCAGCGCUAGCCUCAGCAGCUUCAAUGGCGCCUCCGGUGACAUCCUCCCUGCCCACCAAUGUUCUUAACGUGACUUUACUUUCGCCAGAGGCCCUCAGUCAGCCGAGGCCGGCUGCAGGGCCUUUUUCUGCGGCAGGAGACAGGCCGGCCUCUCAGCGCCUGCGUUCCGCUUCACCAGACUACACAAUUCUUGGAGAGGGUUCACUUGUCGCUCCCGAGUCUUCUCCUUGGAGAACCCUGGAAACGACCCGCUCCUUUUUGCUGCAGGGAGCUCCGGAAUCGAAUGGAUCCAGGUGCCUGAGCGGCAGCAAGGAGCAGGACACGGGGCGCAGGCCAGACUCCCUCCAAUGGUUUCUGCGUGAGAAUGGCGAUGCUGGAACUAGUCCGGCCCCCACGUGUCCUCUACGAACUGCUCCCGUCUGUCUGGAGGAUCCUGCAGCAGCUGAUGAUGACGACUCCCCAUGCGAAAGACACGUCAAUACAGCAGGGCUCAGUGUGGGCGUGCUACAGCUCACACCCUUCUUUCAAAGAGAGGAUGGAGACGAUCCUGGUUCCAAGCGAUCCACUUCUAGCACAGAAGAGCUGGCUUCUGGUGACUCUGACCAUGAGGACGAAACGAUGGAGGUGAAUCCAAGCCCUGAAGAAACGGCCGAAUAUGGAAUGUCUUGGGUUUCUGAACCUGAUGCCUGGCUGAUGGGAGGGGCUGCAAGUGGUCCUCAGGUGACAUCAGCUAGCAGAAUGGAAGGGGAAAGCCCUGCAGAAGAGCACGGGCCAAGCUUCAUGGAGGAGCCUUUGCCUGAGGGCUCCAUGCUAGAAACCAACGGGACAGCAGAAGGGUCAAACAGUCUUGCGGUAAAAAUGUGGCCAUUUCUCCCUGCUACGUUGGGAAAUGCUUGUCCUGCUGCCUCAAGCAGGACUGCCGGUGGCAACUCUUCAGGUGAAAAGCCAGAGUUUGCGGAUGGCACCUCUUCAGGUGAAAAGCCAGAGUUUGCGGGUGGUACCUCUUCAGGUGAAAAGCCAGAGUUUGCGGAUGGAACCUCUUCAGGUGAAAAGCCAGAGUUUGUGGAUGGCACCUCUCCAGGUGAAAAGCCAGAGUUUGCGGGUGGUACCUCUUCAGGUGAAAAGCCAGAGUUUGCGGAUGGCACCUCUUCAGGUGAAAAGCCAGAGUUUGCGGGUGGUACCUCUUCAGGUGAAAAGCCAGAGUUUGCGGGUGGUACCUCUUCAGGUGAAAAGCCAGAGUUUGCGGGUGGCACCUCUCCAGGUGAAAAGCCAGAGUUUGCGGAUGGCACCUCUCCAGGUGAAAAGCCAAGGUUUGCGGAUGGCACCUCUUCAGGUGAAAAGCCAGAGUUUGCGGAUGGCACCUCUUCAGGUGAAAAGCCAGAGUUUGCGGAUGGCACCUCUUCAGGUGAAAAGCCAAGGUUUGCGGAUGGCACCUCUUCAGGUGAAAAGCCAGAGUUUGCGGAUGGCACCUCUUCAGGUGAAAAGCCAGAGCUUGCGGAUGGCACCUCUUCAGGUGAAAAGCCAAGGUUUGCGGAUGGCACCUCUUCAGGUGAAAAGCCAGAGUUUGUGGAUGGCACCUCUUCAGGUGAAAAGCCAGAGUUUGCGGAUGGCACCUCUUCAGGUGAAAAGCCAAGGUUUGCGGAUGGCACCUCUUCAGGUGAAAAGCCAGAGUUUGCGGAUGGCACCUCUUCAGGUGAAAAGCCAGAGUUUGCGGAUGGCACCUCUUCAGGUGAAAAGCCAGAGUUUGCGAGUCGAGAUGAGUUGGGUUCUGAGGGUGCGAGGGCCGCUUCCCCUCCGAGGAAUCCGGCUUGUGGGAUGCAAAGCGGUGGCGGUGGUGACUAUAACAUGAACUCACAAGGAAGUGUUUCCGAUGGUGAAAGGGACAUGGAAAUGGAACCUCUGGCAAAGGCGGGCUCGCUAGCCAUGGGCCAGCGUGUGGGUGCUGGGGCCUUUGGCGCCCUGGAGCCAGAGAUGGGAUCUGGGGGCCCAGAGGCUGUGGGUGGCCUUGGCAAUGGCGCCAUGGAGCCCUCCUGUGCAGAAGUGGGAACUCAGACAGAAUGGGCGAAAGGAAGGGAGUCGGAUGGAGCGAUCGCAGGGGCUGCUGUUGAUGGGGACGAGGGGCUCAGCACCCAGGUGGCUAAAGAAGCGUUCCUUCAGCAGUUACCCGCGGCUUCGCCAGGGGCUUUCGCAGCUGAUGAGCAUUCCAAGGGCGAGUGCUCCAAGCAGGGAGAGCAGCGUCCAGCGGCGCCCUUUGGAGCAACGCAGGAAACCCCUUCUUCAGAAGACCCACUGGAACCCUGUGAAGAGGAGAGAGUUCUUGCGGCCGCCUGUGACCUGGCUCCACGUGACCCUGUUCGCAUGACGGGGCUGAUCCCUGAAGAGCCUCCAGGAGCUCCGAUUCCUGUGGCUGGGUGCCCGGCCCAGAGCAGCACAGCUGCCUUUGGACAAAAAGGGGAAGAGAUGGAUGCUGUGGCCGAAAAAAGGCUGGAACAUGCAAGCCCGGGAUGUGCUGAAACCGACAAAAGCCUGGAGAACCGUGUUGCCGAUUCCACACCAGGGACUGAAGCAGAGAUGGCUGAAAACGACGGCCCUUCGCUGGGAGCGGCUUCUGCGUUGGCGGCUGGAUCGCCCGGAGGAGAACAGCAGCCCAGCCCCAAAAGCAGCAGCAACGGGAUGUGCCAAGAGGCGAUGGAUACCGAAGAUCCGUCUGGGGAGGAGGAAACGGAGGUCAAGGCGGCAACAAGCAGCACUGUGGCAGCCCCUGGUGAAGAUGCAGCAGACCAGAAACAGCUGGAUGGAAAAGAUACCCUGGAGAGAGAGCUGAGUCCAGCUGCAGCAGCGCAGGAGAGCGUCUGCGGUGCCAGCGCCGAAGGGGCCCUCGCAAGAGGCCCCGAGGGGAACGCCGCACCCUCCUCUGUAGACUCGGCAGGUAGAAAGGCCGGGCCGCUUUCUCCUUUUCACUUGCCUGGAGAUGACCCUGGAGAGGGAGGGAUCCCCCGCUCAAGCGGUCGUUCCUGUGCAGGCACACCGUUGUCUCCUCAGACAAGCGCAAAGGAAGGAGGAGGGAGGUUGGAAGCUGGAAGCCAACAAGGUGGCUUUGAGGAUGAAAGGGCCGUGAGCCUGGAUGAUGAAAGCAUGGAGGAGGAGCAGCAGGAGGUGGAGGUCAAAGGCUGCGAGGCACGUGCGAUUCCCCUAGUCGAUGCUUCCUUGGAGGAGGCCAAAAUGGAUUCCAAGCAAGAUGACGCACAGGUGGGACGACUGAGUGAUGGCCAAGAGCAACAGGGGCCAUUUCCGGAUAGUUCUGCCCUCUCGGAAUGCCAGCAAGAGUCUCCUGUACCUGUUGGACAACAAAACCCAGAGCCUGAUGGUUUGGAGCCCCGAGGAACUGACGUUGGGAAGGAGUGGCUUUAUUCUGCGGACUCUCCCACUUCGGAGGAAGUUUGCGAACCAGAUGCGGCUCUUGAGCGUGCCACCUGGCUUGGACCGGAGAGAUAUAAUAAAGAAAUCGCCCUCUCAGAGGAGAAGGAUGAAAGCGGUGGGUUUGGCCAAACUCCUGAGAGUCCCCCUUGCAGUGAAGGAAGCGUCAGUCUCCCGGUGGGCAGUGUGGUCUUUGAAAUGCCAGGAGCUCUGAAACGAAGCGCCGCUGGAAAUCUCCCAAGGGAAGCCCGGACUGACUCCGCAGAGGUCCCCGGGUCCUGGAGCAGUGAUGAACUCAACUUGCACAUCUCUGACUCCGAAGCUGAAAAAGAAGAGAGUGACAGCGCCUGGCUUUCCGGAACCUCUAGCAGAAGCAACCUUUGGGGAGGAAGAGAUGCUUUACUUUGGAUUCCAGGUGCGCAUCUAGUCAGUGUUGCUGAGAACAGUCAAGCUUGUCGGAAACUCAGUGAGCAACCCCCUGACCCAGCUCCAUGUGAUACAGUCAUUCAAGAAGCCAGAACUGGGCCACUAAAAGGCAGAGAGAUGUGGCAGGUGGGUCUGGGAGAAGAAACGGCUUCCCGUUGUGAGUCACCUGGUGACCGCCAUGACGACGCGCUUGGCAGGCCCCAGGCCUGUAGUGCAGAGAUGGUGGUGGGUGAAAAAUCACCUCCUCCUCUAGCAAAAACUGCAGCAGCAGCGGGAGCACAGGAAGAUCAGGCUGAGGCAGGAACUGAACUCGUGCCUAUAAAUCUUGCCUGCCUUUCUGUCGAAUCUUCUUGCUUGUCGCAAAGCGAGGCUGAAGUUGGCAGAGAGGACCAGGUUCCAGGUAGUGCCGAUGGAUUGGCAGAGGACGCUUGCUUGGAUCUUGCCCAGGACGACCGGCUUGUGGAUGAUGGCUUUUCUAGCCAGCCCACAGUAAGAACUUUAGCGGCAGUUCUUGAGAUUGGAAGAACAGAGCAAACAGAAAGUGAAAUGCCAACCAGCCUUUGUUCAGGAAAAGGUGAACGGGCUCAGAAAACGGAAGUGAAAGAACCAGUACACCCGGGUCAAGAAACUGAGCUGUUGCCAUGCCAAGGGAAUCCACGCCAGCUUAAAGAUGAUCAGGACUCCUCUGUGGAGCUUAGUGAGGGGUUGGAUUCUUCGGAGUACCGCAGAACUCUUUGGCAGAAAGAGGAGGAGUUGAAACGCGGCUCCUCCCGAAAAAGACAUUUCCAUGCAGACGAGGACUUAAGAGUAUCGGGCGUGGAAGACGGCUCUGGCCUCCAGAAGAGGCUCUGCCCGCUGGAUUCUGCUGUGGUCCGGGGAUCCGCCUCUGACCCGCUCACUCCAACCGUGGCAACGCUUCCUGCUCCUCUUGACUCGGAGGGACGUCAUGACCAGUUUGGCAGAACUUUAGGGAACUUCCUCGACCAGCACAGCAGCCAGAUAACCCCGCACCUCGAUGAAGGCGAACAGAAAAAUAGAGACAGCAUCGCCCAGAUAGUGAGAAAUUACUUUAAAAGGCCCCUUUGCUCCAAUAAACCAGCAGCUGAAAAUGAAAAGGCAGAAAGGCUUUCUCUGUCCCCUGAAGCUGAAACCGGCAAAGACUCUCCAAGCGUGUUAGAGACUGGGGCAAAUGCAAGCUGUGAUGAGCUCAGUUCACCUGAGGAUCAGGUCCAGGAUGCCUCCCUGGGUGGCCAGUGCUGGUCUGCCGGUGCCAGCCCGCCAGGCUCCCCCGCCCAAGAACAGGGCGAAGACUCGGCCCGCAGCACUCCAGAAAGCGUGUGGGAAGCGUUCUUCUCCGAAGAGGAGCACUUCCAAAUGCGUGUGUGUUCAGCGUUAAGAAAUGCUCCCUCUGGCUCUCCCGUGAGGUCCCCUGACGCCGCCGAGUGUGCGCUGGUGUCCAGUGAAAAGAACGUGGACUCUAUCCUCUCGGACGCCUCCGAUAGUUCAGUAGACUCUGACCACUGGGAACCCCUGCCUACGCAACGGAGCACUAUUGCUUCUGGAGCAGGAAGUCCCGGGCUCCCCACAGGGGGUUCUGGCACAGCUGGCAAAGCUGCGGAGGUCAGGGUGGUGCCGGGAGUUCCCCGUGAGGCCUCCAACGUGGAUUGGUGUGACAAAGAUCCACGGACACCAUCAGAUGCAGUGGCAUCGUCGCCUGAAAGCAGCCAGCCGGCUGCAAGUCCCCUGCGGCCCACAGCUGACUGCCCAGGGAUGUCAGCGGGGGGGCUGCCUGACGGGGAUGGUGGCCACGAGGCUUCCGGCAUGGAGGACCCUGCCUGGGACGUGCCCUGCGUGACGGCCACAGAGGGUGGACAGGAGCUGGCUGAGGGCCCGAGCGAGAUGCAAACUGAAGAGGCAACCGUUCCCCAAAGGAGGCAGGCAGACAUCCAGAGCCAAGGUAAAACGUAA